GGAUUAAAUUUCCAUUUUUCUAGUUAAUUCCUUGUAUUUUUCGAGUUUUUGCAUGAGGCCUGAUUUUUAUUCCAUGAUGAUCAUGUUUUAGAAGUGGUUAGUUUUGUAAAAGGAACCUGAUUCUCUCAACACAAAAAGUGACAAGUUUACUUCUUUUUACAUUUCUUGAGAGAGAUUGAGAGAGAGAUUGGGAGAGAGAGAAGGCUGGUACCAUAUGCAUGUUUACAUUCAGUUUCUCCACUUUUUUGCCCCCUUCUUUACUGGUUUAAUAAUUACUGCUAUUAUAGAUACAUACAUAUACAUGUAUCAUACAUACACAGAGUAAAGCAAGAAAAAGAAUUAACCAAAUUCUCGCCUCCCCAGUUCUUUCUUCUCAACUUUCCGGUCAAUUCUUCUGUUAGAAAUCAAACCCAGUUGUUAAAAAUCAUGUCACUCUUGUUGUAUUCGCAGAAAUGGACAAGACUCCAGAUGUAAGGCGUGCAAAACCCAGUCGCUCCUCCUCAAAUGUUACUGCUCAAUCUGGUUCAGAUUUCAAGAAGUUGAGGAAAGAUAAAGUAAGAAGAUUGAGUUUUGUUGAUAGACUUUGUGACAAGACCCCUGAUUCUGAAAUGCCUUGUGUUCAAUCUGAUGAUGAAGAGGAUGAAUAUCAUCCCUGUGUUACUAAAAGCAAGAGAAUUAAAUUACCCAGAAAGUUUUUUGAUGAUUGUCAGAAAGUGGAUCAUUCCUCUGUUCCUCGGAAGCUAAGAUCAGCUAUUAGGAAGCGUAGGCGAGAGUCGAUUUCACCACACUUUCCAGAAGUAAGAAGGCUAAACCUUUCUGCAAAUGGGAUCGAAUUGCAACCUAAGGAAUCAGAAGGCUCUCCAGGACUAGCUUCUGUAAUGCCGGUCAGCAAAGACGAAGAAGAAGUUGCUGAAACUCUGAAUGCAUUGGCUGAAAUGUUUUCAGACUCGGAUAAGAUAGAGAUGGCUAAAUCAACAGCUCCAGAAGUAGAGAAAGACUUACGGUCCCCUUUCACCACUACCGCUCCGGGGGCUGCCCAACACUCAUCAAACACAGUAGGUUCUGCCGAUGAAGCGGAAAGAAUCCAAUUUUCAUACCGUAGAACAGAGGCUGAUAUGCACAGAUAUAUUCCUAAAUUUAACUGCACAAAAGUUCCAAUACUUUCCAAGUCUUCAUCAGCCAAUGAAAAUUGCUCUAGUUUUCCUAGUCAUUCUCAGCUCAGCCGGGAGAUUGGAUUAAAAAGGCCCGCGCACAACUUAAACAUGGCUAAUGAGAUAUAUAAAGAGCUCGCUGAUGAAUCAGUUUCAACUUUUAAGGGUCAGAAUGAAGUACGACUUGGUACCAGGGAGAACAGGAAUAAUGGUUCAGCAUUAUGGCCAGGCUUAUCUUCAACAAGUGUCCAUAGUGCUAAAACUCUGGGAUCUCCUGUAAAGUUGUCUGCUGCUAAAGUUCCUACUUGGCUUGGUAUCUCUACUAGUACUGCCAGGUCGUGUUCUUCAAGGAAUGUUGCCAUAUCUGAAAAGGUAUACAAGCAUUGCGCAAUGGAAUUUCAAUCUGUUGUUGAUGAAAAGAAGAUGCGGAAGAAAUGUUCUACUCAUGUUUACAUAAGUCGACUGAUUAGGGUCUUAAAGGUAACCGAGGCAAAAGACAGUUUGCCUUUGCAGCCUACUCGAUUGACAGCACAUGACGAAUCAAAGAAAGGAGCAAUAUCAGAAGAAAAGAAGCUACAGAUGAUCAAGGAAGGCUCGGCUGGAGUUGUGUUCACCAGUGACAUAGCCUGUUCCGGUGGUGAGGACAGCCCAAGCAAACUCAGCAGUGCAAUCGUCUUGCAUAAGAGGCUCCGUGAUGAUCUACAGGGUUCUACCAAUUCUGGGCCAUACACUACACAUAAGCAGAGUUCCAAUUUUUUUGCUGCGUUGCCUGGAAGUUCUGGGGUGGAACAUGAAAGCGCUGGACAAGUAAAUGGACAUCGACCAGAACCAUCAACAGAGUCGAACAUUCCUUUUCUGUAUCCAUUUACACAAAGUUGUAGAACCAAUCCACUAUCCCUGCCCCAAAAUUGCCAGCUCUCUACUUCUCUUGUUGACUCAGCAGCUGCAGGAGCAGCACCAAAGAUACAGCUACCUCCGUAUUUAAGCAACACGAAGUCCGUCACAUCAUCUCUGAUGAGCUUACAAAAUCAGCAGCAGCACCAACAAUGGCUUUGGGCAGCUCAACUUACAGCUCCUCGCAAGCCUGAGGAAUUUGCUGCUGCAGCAUCACAUGUUCCAAAUUGGCAAAACAGCAGACAAGAGUUUUCCCACAUGCAGUAUGGUCAACUCAUUCACCCCGCGGCACUAGAAGUUCUUGGCCCCAGAUAUAUCCCAGUCCCAACACAACAACAGCAUCUCAUGUCUAGCACAUCCUUAUUUCCCCAAAGUAGGGUGCAAAGGUAUAAUCAUCAGCUGUCAACUAAACAUGGUUAAUGGAGGUGUAUACCGUCCCGAUAGUAGAGCAGCCAUGUUGUGCAAAGAGCAUAUUUAGAGCUGGAGAAGAGAGUGCAGCAAGAGAUGAAACCAUACAAUGUAUAUGAUGGAGCGCGAUUUGCCCACAGUAAAUUUUUAUCAAAAGAUCAUAAUGUCAGCUCUCUCUAUAUCAAACUACACAUGUAUUACAUAUUACAUAUGACCUGCUAGUCUCUUAAAUAAUUUUAAACACCAACAUUUGGUCA